UAUUAAAGAAUAAAGAAGAAAUCCAUGCAAUAUCUAUUCAAAUAUAUGACAUUAUUUCCUUUGCUGAAAGGAAUACAUGCAUCACUGAUUACUCAACAGACGAAUAUACAUGAAAUUUUUACUCUUGAAGAUGUUGUUUUAUAUCCUCAUGAGAUAUCAAAAAAAUCUAUUGAUUCGUAUUCAUCAUUUGAUUUAACUUUUGCAUUGCCAUAUCAUUAUCAACAAACAGAAUACCCAAACUGGAUGAAAAAAUAUGUUAAAUUAACUAUGACACCAAAUUUAGAUUUGAUAAAUGAAAAUUCGCAUUUGCAGAUUCAUAAUGAAGAUGGAGAAGUUAUAAGUUCAGAAAAAAUUGAUAGGAAUAAUCAUAGAGUUUACCGCGGAGAUGCAUUUGUAACAUAUACAGAAAAUAGUAUAGGAUUAUUGGAGAAAAGAUGGCAUAAAAUAGGAUGGGCUAGGAUAUCUCUUCAUCAAGAUGGAGAUUUGCCCAUAUUUGAAGGAACAUUUUCAUUGUCGAAUGAUUUAUAUACAGUAAAAACAGCAAAAAAUUACAUGUUACUUAAAGAAGCUCAUGAACCAGAAAUUUCUGCUAGUGAAAAAAGUAUGGUAUUAUGGAUUGAAUCAAAUAAACCACCCAAAACUUUAAGAAAACGGAGCAAUUUGUAUCUAGAUAAUAAAUGUAUGUUAAACAGUAUAUAUGAUGAACCGACUCCUUUAGAUCAGGCAACAUUCUCUUAUGGGUCUGGAGAAAUUAGUGCUGUUGAGAAGCUUGCUUUAUCUUCUUCUAGAAUUCGAUUAACAAAUUAUAUUGGGGAUAAUUCUGGAUGUCCAAAGUAUAAACAAGUAGCUUAUGUUGGAGCAGCUCUUGACUGCAAUUAUAUUUCUAUGUUUGAAAGUUCAUCUAAUGCAACAAAUCAUAUUAUCUCUCUUUAUAAUAGAGUAUCUGCAAUAUAUGAAGAAACAUUUAAUAUUUCCUUAGGAUUAUUGAAUGUAACUAUUAUGGGUAGAACAUGUCCUAAUGAGAAUCCUAAAGUUUCAUGGAAUGUCGCAUGCUCGUCACAUUAUAACAUUAGUACUCGUUUAAAACAUUUUAGCUUAUGGAGAAGCGGGAUUAAGGAUAGCAUUGCAUUAUGGUCUCUAUUUACAACAUGUCGAAAUACUAUGGAAGUAGGCAUUGCAUGGUAUGGUGUUCUUUGUCAGGAUAUUAUCCCAAAGGGUCCACAUUCUAAUUGGGUAUCGGGGACAAAUGUUAUAGCAAGUCCAGCAAAUAUUGAACAUAUUGUGCUUGCUCAUGAAAUAGGACAUGGAUUUGGUGCAUCUCAUGAUUGUACAAGCGAAUCAUGUAAAAAUGAAUCAGCUUCAUGUUGUCCUUUAAGUUCAACUGUAUGUGAUACAAAUGAAAUGUAUAUAAUGAAUCCAAAAAGUUCUAUAUCAGCACGAAAAUUUAGUCCAUGUUCUAUAGGACAAGUAUGCAACAAUCUUAAAAAGAAGCUUGUCAAUUCUAAUUGUCUAAAAAACAACAAAAAUGUUAGUUUGAUUUCUCGAAGAAAGUGUGGAAAUGGUAUUGUUGAAGAAGGAGAGGAUUGUGAUUGUGGAGGAGAAAAAGGUUGUAAAGGAAAUCCAUGUUGUAAUCCUAAGACAUGCAAAUUUACAAAAGGUUCAGUAUGCGAUGAUUCUAAUGAAGUUUGCUGCAUAAAUUGUCGUUUUGCACCUAAAAACACUGUAUGUCGUUUAUCAAGAGACGAAUGUGACCUUGUUGAAGUAUGCUCUGGUACAUCUUCAACAUGUCCUCGAGAUAAAUUUAAAAAAGAUGGUACCCCAUGUAGCAAUAAAUCUAAAUGUGCAUCUGGCAUAUGCACAACUCGUGAUAUGCAAUGUAUUAACCAUUUUAAUAAUUCCAAAGGAUCAUGUCAUGGUUCUUGUGUACUUUUUUGCGAACUAGGGGGGACUUGUAUAUAUUCUGGACUUCAGAAUUAUUUUAUUGAUGGAACACCUUGUGGAUUUUAUGGUUAUUGUUAUAAAGGCAACUGUAUAGAAGGGAGUUAUGGAAAACAAUUAAAAUCAUUAUUAAGCGGGUUUAAAAACUGGAUUUUUGUUAUCAUUUUUGUUUUGGGGCUUCUUCUGGCGUUUUUAAUUAAUUGUAUUUAUAAUCGAUGUUUCUCAUAUGUUUCUCAGAAAGAAAAAGUGGUUGAUGAUGGUGAUCAAACAAUUCAUAUUCCUAUAUAUACAAAUCAUCCAUACAACUAUUAUAAUAACAUACCUAAUUACAUACCACAUGUACAAUAUGAUCCAUAUAGACAUUAUAGCUUUAAUCAAAGGGGCUUCUAUUAUGAGACGAAUCCAAAUUUAUCAAACAAUUAUCAAGCAUAUAGAUAUAAAUAAAAUAUUGUGUAUUUAUACUUUUUAUAUUUUUUACAAUAAAUUUGCA